AUGGACGCCUCCGCCGCCACUUCCUCGGCCGAGCCCAGCCCGAGUUCGGAGCUCCGGCUCAACGGGGCAUCCCAGGAUCCGAAUCGAACUGGGCCGGUUCAGAAUUCGACGGCGAGGUACAAGCUAAUUGCGCCGGCAAAGCUUCCGAUCUCGAGGUCGCCGUGCAUCACGAUUCCUCCGGGACUGAGUCCGACGUCGUUCCUGGAAUCGCCGGUUCUUCUUUCCAACAUGAAGGUGGAGUCUUCACCAACUACAGGGUCCCUCCGCAAUCUUCAACAAACAGCACAUGGUUCUAUGGCUUCUGCUGCCUCUGCUACAUUUGCAGUAACCACUGCAUGCUUCAAUACCAAUACUGUUGAUGACAGGAAAUCAAGCUUCUUUGAGUUCAAACCUCUCAACAGGUUGAAUAUGGUUCCUUCAGACUUCAAUAACCAUGUUUUCAAACAAUCUACUCAAGUAGAAGGUCCAGGAAAAUCUCAAUCGUUUCCUUCCUCACCAUUAGUUGAAAAUGAAAUAGCAGUCCCUUCUAACGAAUUAAGUCUAUCAUCACCUGUACAAAAGGUUAAUUCUAGUCCUAGUCCUCCUGUUGAUGUUGAUUUGGACGACAUUAACCACAAAGGCAACACAGCUACUGGGCUUCAAGCAUCGCAUGUUGAGGUUAGAGGCAGUGGACUUUCAGUUGCAGCUGAGAAAACAUCUGAUGAUGGAUACAAUUGGCGAAAAUACGGGCAAAAACUUGUUAAAGGAAGUGAAUUUCCACGCAGUUAUUACAAAUGUACACAUCCAAACUGUGAAGUGAAAAAGCUUUUUGAACGCUCUCAUGAAGGUCAAAUCACUGAGAUAAUUUACAAGGGAACACAUGAUCAUCCUAAACCUCAACCAAGCUGCCGAUACUCUACUGGUACUAUUAUGUCUAUUCAAGGAGAGAGAUCUGAUAAGGCUUCUUCUUUGGCUGGCCUAGAUGACAAAUCAUCCACCAUGUAUGGUCAGGUGUCUCAUGCUGCUGAGCCCAACAGUACUUCUGAGCCAUCACCUGUGGCAACAAAUGAUGAUGCUUUAGAGGGUGCUGGGUUUGUGUCAAACAGGAUUAGUGAAGAUGAUGAUGAUGAUCCCUUCUCAAAGCGAAGAAAAAUGGAACUUGGAAAUGUUGAUAUCACUCCUGUAGUUAAGCCUAUCCGAGAGCCACGGGUUGUUGUACAAACUUUGAGUGAGGUUGAUAUAUUGGAUGAUGGGUAUCGCUGGCGUAAGUAUGGCCAGAAGGUGGUGAGAGGCAAUCCUAACCCAAGGAGUUAUUACAAGUGCACAAAUGCAGGUUGCCCUGUCAGAAAACAUGUGGAAAGGGCAUCUCAUGAUCCAAAAGCAGUGAUAACCACAUAUGAGGGUAAACACAAUCAUGAUGUACCAGCUGCAAGGAAUAGCAGCCAUGACAUGGCAGUAGCAGCAGCUGGACAGACAAGGAUUAAGUUGGAAGAAAGUGAUACCAUUAGCCUUGACCUUGGGAUGGGCAUUAGCUCAGCUUCUGAACAUAGAUCAAACGCACAAGGGAAAACAUUGCACUCAGAAUUUGGGGACACUCAAACUCACUCCAGUCAUUCCAAUUUCAAGUUUGUUCAUACUACCUCAGCUCCAGUAUACUUUGGUGUUCUAAAUAACAGCUCUAAUCCCUAUGGUUCUAGAGACAACAGGAGUGAGGGUCCAGCUUUAAACCAUUCCUCGUAUCCUUGCUCCCAGAGCAUGGGAAGAAUACUAAUGGGUCCAUGA